AUAUCACUGAUGUAUGAGUGAUAACCAGGAGCUCGCCUCAGACAAAACAAAUCAUUUUCGGCUUAGUCUGCGAGCAUCACGUUGAAACAGUUGAAACAAUUUAAAAGAAGUAAAAAUGGCUUGGGAUAACUGUACGGAAUUCACGAAUUUCAGCAAUUGCGGGGUGAACACAAGCAAUGGUGGCACAUGUGAGAUUAUCCAAUCUUGGGCUAUCGUUAUGAUAACGGCUAAUGUAAUAUCAACACUUGUCGGCGGUGUGGGAAACAGCCUUGUUUGCAUAGCCGUGUGGAAAACGGCAUCGUUGCACACCGCUAUAAAUUAUUAUAUGGCGAGUCUUGCAGUCGCUGAUCUUAUAGUUACCGUGCUGUGUCAGCCACUGAUGGUUGGUGUCAUCGCCGGCCGACUCUCUGGUGAUCUGGGGUGUCACAGCACGUUGGAUAAAGUGUAUCGCGCUAUUGGUAAUUUCUCGUGCGCUGCCUCGUUUUUCCAUUUGUGUUGCAUAAGUUUAGAGCGACUUCUGGCUAUUGUAAGGCCCAUAAAUACAAUCAGCGGUGUUCAUCAUAAACGCUUUAUAUUCCUGGCGUCAGCAAGUUGGCUUAUAGCGCUAAUAUAUUCUGUCUUACGUGUCACGGUGAGCCGUAAAGGAACCUCGUAUUUUUCAGCAGCAAGUUUUGCCAUCGGCUACGUGUGGAUCAUCCUAUGUUACAUAAUAAUACUCGUGUUUCUCGCCAUUCAAGCGAAGCGACAAGCCGCGCUCACGUUAAGCGAGAAAAAGCAUCGAAAAAACGAAAAGAAAAUCACAGUGACGAUGGUGUUAGUGAUCGCCUGUUUCACGACAAUGUGGCUGCCGUUUUUCUGCUUUCGUUUGAGCAGCAAUCCUAGGCUAAACAGUGGUUUUGUUUACGAGCUUGCGAUCACUAUGGCGUUCUGUAACUCUUCGUUCAACGCGAUUAUUUACUCGUUUCGUAACAGAAAGUAUCGAAAAGCUUUCAAAGGUUUUCUCUUCAGAAACUAUCGCUUGGUUAACCGCGGCACCACAGGAACGACGGCUCGUACGUCGUCGCCUUCUCGGAAAUCGUCGUCUAACGUAUUGAAACCAACGACGUCAUUUCCAAUGGAGGACAGUCCGUUCAACAGCCGUUCAAAGACCUCAGGUACAGGAAGUGAAGGAUCAUUAAAUGUGGUUUAGAAAUCUGGAACGUGGCUGAAAACUAAUUAUAUUUUGCUAUAUCUAAAAGCGAAAUGUCCAUAUUUUCAUUAUUUAUUAAAUAAUGGAGGCUAAAGUUGAGAAUUUUCCUCCAUGAAUGGCAAAACUGUUUUGCAAUUGACAGACAGUCAUAGACGGAACGAAAAUAAUGUCGUUUAGUUUAAGGAUGGUGUUGCCUGAACGCAGGCUGUUUCCUAAUUAGCAUAAUGACCGUCGAUUUUUAAUGUUAUGAGAUUAUAAAAUAGAUAUUAAAUAUAAAUA